AUGCCAUCUCCUGGAAUACCGAGUGGGUCGUUGCCGUCAGAGCAACCAUUUGGUGACCCUCAAUUGAGUGCCUCAAACAGCUCCCGCGCGUCGGAAACGGGGGAGCCUGGUGCAGAGAGCAUUGACCCCGGCACAACCCAAUCGACCAACGGUCACUCUCCAGACACGCUUGGAGAUGGAAAGCAAGGCGCGAAAGCCAUGCUAGCUGCCUCGGGCGCGUCAGACCACGGCAGUGAGGGUUCCAACGGCACACCUCAAUCCAACGGCACAAACGGUUCAGCGAGAAAGCGAUCUCGUGAUGGAUCUGCUCCCCAGUCCAACGAGGUCACCGGGACCAUGACUGUCCGCACUCGCGACCCACCGCUCGAUCAGAUUCUCCUGUCGCAGUAUGUUGAUCGCGAAUUCCACCACUCGGCCGCUAGUGCCUGGCAAAAUCCAGGUCAAGAAUUACACAAAAAUAAAAAGGCGGAGCGCGAUUUCUAUUUGACGGUUCGUCGCGAGAACCAGCACAACCCAGCUGUUUUAUAUGGGGUUGGAUAUGAAGGAUUUGGAAAUCCUCGUACCGACCUUCGCAACCAACAUCCCCAGCUUCUGUACCCUACCCAUCGCCGCCGGCCAGGAAAUCGAAAAACUCGAGAAUUGCGCGUUUCUCGACGCGAAGCGAAGAUCCAAAGCGAGCAAACGGAAGACCUCGUGCCUGUGCGCCUAGAUAUCGAUUGGGAAAAAGUCAAAAUCCGUGAUACCUUCACAUGGAACUUGCAUGACCGAGUUGUGUCCCCAGAUCUCUUCGCCGAGAAGCUGGUCGAGGAUAUGGGUCUCGCGCUGGAGACUUCAAUUCCUCUGGUGCGCAUGAUCUCCCAGAGUAUCCAGGACCAGGUUAUCGACUACUAUCCGCAUCUCAAUAUACACGAAGACGCCCUUGAUCCCCAGCUGCCCUACACUGCGUAUAAAAAUGACGAGAUGCGCAUUUCGGUCAAGCUGAAUAUCACCAUUGGCCAACAUACCCUCAUUGAUCAAUUCGAGUGGGAUAUCAACGACCCCAACAAUUCCCCCGAAGAAUUCGCCUUGCGUAUGACUGACGACUUGUCACUGUCCGGCGAAUUCACUACUGCCAUUGCCCACUCAAUUCGGGAACAAGCUCAACUUUUCACCAAAUCCUUGUACAUUGUCGCUCAUCCAUUCGAUGGUCGCCCGAUCGAGGACCCAGACCUCCACAACUCCUUCCUUCCUACUCCCGUGGCAUCUGCCUUCCGCCCCUAUCAAUCUGCCAAAGAGCAUACUCCUUAUCUUUACGAACUCAACGAAGCAGACCUCGAACGCACGGAGAUCUCCAUCUCUCGAGAACAACGUCGCCAGAAGCGAUCAAUUAACCGUCGGGGUGGUCCUGCUUUACCAGACCUGAAGGAUCGCCAGCGUACGAUCCGUACGAUGAUCGUCUCCUCCGUGAUCCCCAACUCGGUAGGAUCAUUCGAGGAGAGCAAUGUCAUCAAGCGCACCGGAUCGGGUCGCCGGCGUGGCAUGGCCAACCGAGGCGAUGACGAUUCGGACGAGUUCGAUAGCGAUGACUCCUCUGUCGGAUCUCCGGCCAUCGGUCCCAAUCUUGCACAGGGCACUGCCCGUACAAGAGGUAUGAGGGGUGCGGCAAGCGCCGCCCAUGCAGCCCUUCGCGCCAGUCUGGGGCAAUCAGCAACCCCCGAGCCAGUCUUCCACGAACCUCGAGUCUCGGCUCGGAGGCAACAAUAUCGAGAGGAGAGCGUGGAGGAAAAUGAGAGAUUGAUCGUGAGACUCAAGAUCCCACGUGAUAAAUUGGUCGACUUGAGAAACGGCAGACGCAUUGUCUCCCAGGCUUCCCAGGCCGCUGCGCGUGCAAUGGCACCUCCACUGGACAAACAAUCCCGACUUCACCCUCCGCCCCGGCCGCAACAAACUGGCGCCGUUGAUGCUCCAAACCCCCCGCAGCCUGGCGUUUCAGGUCCCCCACCGCCAAGUUGGCUGGCCACCGGUCUCAGCAGACUCAAACAAUCCCACACCAACGACUCCUUUGAAGGCGUCAUGCGGUACUCCGCCGUUGACAUGGACACCCUUGCCCCAGUGGCCAAUCCAAACAACCUCCAACAGGGCCAGAAGAUCAAAUACCAAUAUCUUCCUCGAAUCCGCUGCCACGACUGUCCCGGGAAGCUCUACACGCCAGGACCAGGCAUGACGGUGGAUAACUUUGAGGUCCACCUUCGAAACAGACAGCACAAGGAGCGUGUUGAAGAGCGUCUUGCGAAGAAUGGUGGCUUUGCUGGCGACGGAAGUGCCAGCGCCAGCCCUGCUCCCGGUGUACACGCCUCUCCCUCUGGACCGUCAUAG